CUAACCGCACAGCGGGCGUCCCAGCAGGUGGUGGAUAUCUCCAAAAGACACCCCUGCUGGGUCGUGUUCCAGCGGCACUUUUGUGUGGACAAAGCCUGUCCAGACGCCUCCAUUCUUCCCCACUAAACCCACAUGUUGCCCCGGAGUGGCCCGGCACAAAAACAUGGAGUAAGCUAAGCGACAGGCUACAGCUACGGUACCUCGACACCUCCGCUUUUCCCCCUCACCAGAGUCGGAAUGGGCGAUCGCAACGGCCAGAGUCUAGUUGGUUGCCAUAGCAGCAGGCACAUAUACCUACACUACACCUACGGUGACUACACUACAGACAGAGACGAGAACGAGUAUGGCAAGGCUGGUGACAGGUACCCUCCUACGCUUGGAGGUAGCAGGGGACGGAACCGGCCUGAAUGGUCAAGGCCAUCCCUUUCUGUCCUCAAGACCACUCCGCGCUUCGCAGCCAUUCCUACAACUUGGUGCCGAAGCAAGAGGGGAGCACUGGGGAGGGGCCGGCAGCGCUUGAGCGGCAGGGGGUUGCAGCGCCCAUUCGCCAUUUCGCAGUAACGCUACCAUCGUUUGGCCGCACCUGAGUCUCACGU